AUAUAUUGUGACAAGUUAAGCUUUUGACCCAUAACCAAAAUCACUCAUCCACUAUUUUCAAACCACAAUGGAAUUCCAAAAUAAGGUAACAGAUAAGGAGCAAGAUGAUCUUCAAUUCCUCGGCUUCUUUGGAAUCAUUAAGGAAUCAAUCAAAAUUAUCUUAAUAUGGUCUAAAAUCUUCAUCCAAAUCACCCUUGCCUUCAUUCUCCCAAAUUCUUGCCUCUUUUUGGCCAAUAAUUGGGUUUCUAUGCUUCUUCUUAGCAAGAUAACCCCAAACUCAUCUAGCUUGCCCAAUCACCAAGUUGGUUUUUCAACAUAUAAUAAUUUUUCAAAUUCAAUGAACUCAGAGCAAACUACUUUAUGGAUCAUAAAAUUGUUGUAUAUGAUAGUUUCUACUAUCUUUUCUCUAUUUAUUGUGUCAGCCAUUGUCUAUACAGUUGCUUGUAUAUACACACGUAAAAGUAUCACAUUUCGAAAAGUUGUAAGCGUGGUUCCCAAAGUAUGGAAACGACUCAUGAUCACUUUUCUAUGUAAUUUUUGCAUAGUUUUUGCAUGCAUGUUUGUUUUUAUAAUAAUUGUAUGCAUAUUCUUAUUCAUCUAUACCAUGUUUUUGAUCCAAAAAGUAACAAGUGGCCAAGUGGGGAUCUAUGUUGUAUUGGCUAUCCUAACCUUAUUAUUCAUGGUGGGAUUCUUCUACAUGGUCAUGGUUUGGCAACUUGCUAAUGUUAUUUCAGUGAUGGAGAAUGAAUAUGGGUUUAAAGCCUUGAAAAAGAGCAAAAAAUUAAUCAAGGGCAAACUUGGAAUUGCAUUUUCUAUCCUUGUAGCGAUUAAUAUUUGUGGAAUUCUAAUAUCUGAAAUGAGCAAGAAAUUUGCAGGAGUUGGAUUAGUGGUGAAAUUAAGUUAUGGAAUUCCGAGUGUAGUGUUAUGGAGUUUGCUCACGCUUUUUAGUGUUGUAAUUCAGACGAUCUUCUACUUGGUAUGUAAAUCUUAUCACCAUGAAAGUAUUGACAAGUCAAUGUUGGCUGAUCAUCUUAAUGUGUAUCUUGGUGAAUAUAUUCCUUUAAAGAAUGAAGAUAUACAACUAGAGCGCUUCCAAGUAUAGCUUCGAGCUAUACAACAAUCGAUAGGGGCCAAGUGUGGAUUAUUAAAUAGAAAUUCAAUUACUUGAAUGUCAUGUCCAUAAAACACUAUAGACAUACUCAGCUGAUAGAAACUUGUGCUUUAUGUUGCAUUUGUAAAACAAGGGACUCCACUUAAUAAAAGUUAUUGUAUAAGAUCUUAUGUAACUAUUUUGAUUUGAAAAAUUAAUAAAAUUGUCGUUAAUUUUUUUUUUA